AUGGCCAGCUAUCGCGAAAAGCUAGCCGCCCAAAAGGACCGGCGGCAACGGUCUGUACGCAAAGGGAAACAUCCUCAAGGUGUCGGCAAAGCAAACGCGCAGAGACAUGUUCGUAGAAGCGCACGUCUGAACCCGGAGUACAGCGAAAACACCGAGCACCACUACCCUCUGCCGGCGAACAAGACCCUGUGCAAAGAGGGCAGGCGGCCUGCUCCGCCAUCCAAGGCUCGAAAGCGAUCGCGUGAAGUCGAAAACCCGCUUAACGACGACCACCUACCCGCGCCCCUCCGAAAGCGACCACGGACAUCUCCAGACUUCACCGUUGAAAGGCCGAGCGAUCAAGAAGCACCAUUUUGCGGCAGGAGUACCCAAAUUGAUCCCAUCGAUCAUUGGCGGAAGGAACAAACUUGGCCAAAGGAAUAUUUUGAGCCGGACGCAAUCAGUCAUUUGCUUGCAAGGAGGAAGUCAACACCUUCCCUUCGGCGUAAACGAUCGGAGUCGGGCUUCCUCGCGGCUGGCUCCAAUACACCAAGCGACCAAAGGCCGAGAGAGGAGAAGACCGCACCAUAUCAGGAUCCGCGUUAUAAGACCCUACUGGAAACCAAGGGCAGUUUCAUGCGCAAUUAUGUAGGCACAAAUGAGGAGGGAAUCAAGGAGGAUAGCAAGCGUCUUUGGCAGACCUUGCUAGGGACGGAGCAAAACAUCCCUCAGGCCUCGCUAUUUGACGAUGAUAUAUUCAGCAAGACCUGCGACAUGAUGGAUGGCCGGGACGAAGCGAAGGUUAUCCAAGACAUUAGUCGGCUACUCGUUCCAUCAGCUCAGGCUCUGGCUACACGUAGCGCCAGACUUGAAUGUCUUAUUGAAAGUGUCAACGAAGGCUGGAAUAACGCCAUCCCUUUAACUGGUACUCGUCCGCAGCCUGACUACUCCGUGGGAUUUAAACGCGAGGCGUUUACAGGAGAUCAGCUCGACAAGCUUUCACCCCUCAUUGGCGACUUUAUCGCUGGCGACCAAUCCUUCUUUAUGGCCACGUCCUAUAUGUACUUCCCGUUCCUAACGUGCGAAGUAAAAUGCGGUGCUGCAGCACUUGAUAUCGCAGACCGGCAGAAUGCUCACAGCAUGACCCUUGCAGUCAGAGCGAUCGUCGAGCUUUUCCGCCUUGUAAAGCGCGAACAAGAGCUCCACCGGCAAAUCCUGGCCUUCUCGAUCUCCCACGACCACCGGUCGGUAAGAAUCUACGGCCAUUACCCUGUGAUCAAGGGAAAAGACACUACCUUUUAUCGUCACCCCAUCCGCACCUUCGACUUCACAGAACUGGAAGGCAGAGAGAAGUGGUCGGCAUACAAGUUCACCAAGAACGUCUAUGAUAUAUGGAUGCCAAAGCACUUAGACGGAAUCCGCUCUGUCAUUGACGAGCUCCCGUCUGAUUUCGACUUUGAAGUCCCGCUGCUCUUAGAGGAAUCCGGACUUUCGCAAGACUUGGAAAGUCAUCAUCUCUCGCGAUCAUUCACGGAGCCAGAAUCUAUACCGGGGGAGCAUGGCAGCCAGUCGGCCAUUGUUGACGCAGGAGAUAUCACCCCCGACACCUCAUUUACUGGACAAGGUGCAUAA